AACACCCAAUGCUUAAAUCAGCACUUCGACCUCAACAUAAUCAUUAUCAACACUUCCUCUCACACACUCCUCACAAAUCCCCAGCCCUCAAUCCCCCAUCAAGCAAAAUGCUCGAAUCCCUCCCUCCCCGCAAAACAUACACCAUCCCCUCAACCUCCCACACCUACUCCUACAUCUCCAUCCCCGCAACAACAAAACCCCACACCCUCCUCUUUCUCCACGGCUUCCCCUCCCACGCCCCCGACUUCAUUCACCAAAUAACACAUUUCUCCAAUAGUGGCUAUGGCGUCCUGGUCCCCGACCUCCUCGGCUACGGCCACACCUCCGCGCCCACAGACGUCGCCGCAUACACCCUCAAGAACAUGUCCGCAGAGCUCGCCCAGCUCAUCAGACAUGCCACUCCGACAGAACGCAGAGUUGUAGGCGUCGGUCAUGAUUUCGGGGCUACGCUGCUCAGUCGCGCGGUUGCGUAUCAUCCGGAGCUCUUCUCCGCACUUGUCUUCUUAUCCGUCGGCCCACCGAAACUAGGCACGCCGUUCGAUGUACAUGCUAUCAAUCGUGCGACGAGGGAGGCGACCGGGUGUGAGAUGUUGGGGUAUAUACCCUGGCUCGGCGACAUUAGCACCCCUGCUGCACAGCACGCGUGUGAGACGCAUGCGGAGAGUGUGAUGAGCGUGCUCUUCGCUGCGCACGAGGAGGAAGUAUGGGCGGCGCAUUUCCGGCCCUUGGGUGCGCUUCGGGAGUUUGUGGAGCGAGGGGGCAAAGUGGAUGAAGUUGCGGGGUGGUAUACGUCGGAGUUGCAGCGGGCGCAUUUGGAUGUGUUUGGGCG